AUGUUCGCUGCUAUCCUUCAGAUUACAGAUUACAGGUGCGUCAAGCAGCUUUGCAAGGGGAUAUUACUUUUUGGACCUCCUGAAAUUGGGAAAACCCUUAUUGCUAAGGCACUUGCAACUAAAGCAAGCACAAGUUUUAUCAACAUAACUACCUCAACUUUAUUAUCAGAGUGGUUUGGUGAAAGUGUCAAGAUAUUCAAAAUUUUCUUAGCUAAAACAGUCCAUGGCGGAAGCAGGAAGACAACAUGGCUAAAAUUCUCUUGGCUAGUGUUUACGAAUGAUGAGGCAUCUAACAUGAACGAGCUUCGAAAAUGGAAUGAAAAGUAUGGUCAAGGAGGAAGCAGGAAGAUAUCAUCUUUUGGCUUUGCUAAUCAAUCUGAAUUGCUAGCUUCUUCUUAA